AUGGCCACAUUGUUCGGCUCGGAUGGGUACAUGAUGCAGAGUGUGAUUAACGCAUGUGCUGGUCAGGGAGCUGUGGCGACAGAACACAUGGCUAACAAGAAGUACUACAAAUGUUGGGUUGUUGAGCGAGAAAAUUAUGUGCUUCUCUCAGAAGCUCACAAGUCUGGAAAUGUGAGCAGUAGAGAUUAUGUGCUCUUCUCAGAAGCACACGAGUCUGCAAAUAGAUGGGACGAAGUUUGUUUAGUUCAAAAAUUAAUGAGCCAUAAAGGCGUGACUAAUGCUCCCGGGGACAUGACUCAUCCAUGCACCAAAGCGGUUUGUGCGUUUUGGAAUGUGAUGGAAGGGAGACUGAAAACUGAAAGUGGGUGGAAGCACAACAACGUGCAUUGUGGUGUUGUUGGGAGGAAGCUGCAAACGGAGGGGAUAAAGUUUGCCGUUCAAAGGGCUUUUGGCGCACACGAAAAGCUAACCGGUCUCGAAGAAUACCUAGCCGAAAGCUCCUCUCCGACCACCCCUGAAUCCACGACCUCCUCUUUUCCGGCCACCAGCGGCAGCGGCGGCGCCGCCUUCCCCACCGGCGACUCAGCCACCACGAUCUCAACAACGUGGACUUCCCACAGCACCCAAUUCCUUGUGGCCGUCCGGUGGGGCACGUCAUGGGUCACCGAGUUCCUCCACGGAGGCGGGCCGCCGUUGGCCCUGAGGAACUGGCCGUACCUCGUCUUCAGCUUGACGGCGCCGCCACCACCGUCCCUGACGGGCAGCCACUCGACGGAGCUGUCCAGGCGCUUGGGCGGCAGCGUCUGCAGGACCUUCCGGCCGGUCAUCCCAAGCAGAAAGGGCUGGUUUGACGCCGUCAGAUACUUCCCGUAA